CCCUGUUGAGGAGGACAGAGAUACAAAGAUAAUCUCAAAAGAUGAGAAAGGCCGUGCGAGUAGUGGUUCUGGCAGAAAUUUGUGGGUUAGUGGACUUUCAUCUUCUACUAGAGCUACAGACUUGAAGAACCUUUUCAGCAAGUAUGGAAAGGUGGUCGGUGCAAAAGUAGUGACAAAUGCUCGCAGUCCUGGCGCUCGCUGUUACGGCUUUGUUACAAUGUCAACAUCUGAAGAAGCCACUAAGUGUAUUAAUCAUCUCCACAGGACAGAGCUGCAUGGAAAAAUGAUUUCUGUGGAAAAGGCAAAAAAUGAACCAGCUGGGAAAAAGCCUUCAGACAAAAAGGAAGGUGAAACAAGGAAGGAAAAAGACAGGCACCAUUCUGCAGAGUCCAAAUCUGAGAAGUCUGUUGGUAUUAAGAAGGAGGAGAAGACCGACAAAAAAGAUGAUGCUAAGAAAUCAGAAAAAGAUGGAAAAGACGAAAAAGAAGGAAAAGAGAAAGAUGAACAAAAGGCCGGAUCCUCUGAUAGAUCUAGGGCAAGCAAAUCAGCAAGUCGAGGAACUGAAAGGACAGUGGUAAUGGAUAAAUCUAAAGGAGAACCAGUUAUUAGUGUGAAAACUUCUACAUCAAAAGAGAGGAGUACAAAAAGCCAGGAUCGCAAAUCCGAGAGCAAAGAAAAGCAAGAUAUUUUAUCGUUUGAUAAAAUCAAAGAACAGCGAGAACGUGAACGUCAGAGACAGAGGGAGCGAGAAAUCAGGGAAACGGAAAGACGCCGAGAGAGAGAGAGGCGAGAACGAGAACAACGUCUUCAAGCUAUUCAUGAGCGGGAUGAAAGACAGAGGCUCCAGAGAGAGCGAGAACGACUUGAAUUUCAAAGGCAGCGUCUUGACAGAGAGCGCUUGGAGAGGGAGAGAUUGGAGAGAGAAAGAAUGCACAUAGAGCAGGAGAGGAGACGAGAACAGGAACGAAUCCAGCGAGAGAGGGAGCAGGAACAGCUACGCUACGAACAAGAACGGCGGUCUGCCAUGAGAAGGCCUUAUGAUCCUGACGGCAGGCGAGAUGACCCGUACUGGCCAGGUGAAGCGAAGCGAAUGGCAAUGGAUGAUAGGUAUCAUUCUGAAUUUAGUCGUCAAGACCGCUUCCACGACUUCGACCACAGGGAUCGUGGCCGAUACCAAGACCAUUGUUUGGACAGAAGAGACGGUUCGAGAGGAAUACCAGAUCGAGAUGGGCAGCAUUACACAGAUGAACGCCAUGGAGGGCCUGAUCGUCACUCCCGGGAUAGUUGGGGUGGCUAUGGGUCUGACAGAAGAAUGAGUGAAGGGAGAGGGAUACCUCCACAAACCCGAGAUGGACGUGACUGGGGAGAUCAUGGUCGAAAGUUAGAGGGGCAUCAAGAUCGUUCAUGGCAGGGAAAUGUGGAUGGAGGAAUGAUGGGACGGGAUCAUGAGAGAUGGCAAGGUGGUGAUAGAAGCAUGCCUGGUCAGUCAGGACCAGGCCAUGUGAUGAAUCGAGGAGGGAUGUCGGGGCGCGGAGGCUUCACGCAAGUUGGAAACCAGAGCCAGAUGAUGCAGAGUAGCGGAAUACAAGGAGUGUUUGCGGGCCAGGAGCGGACGAACAGACCGACUGAACCCCGUUUUAUCCGCCGCUACUGA